AUGAAGACAACUACCGAACUUCCACUGCGUAUACUAACACACAAUAUCCGCUAUGCAACCAAUUCCCCAUUCAAGGGUGAGCUGCCCUGGGAUGAUCGCAAGCAGCCUCUCUUAAAUGAACUGCUCUUCAAUACGCGCAAUCAGGAUGCAUUUAUCUGCCUACAAGAAGUGCUCCAUAAUCAACUGGUCGAUGUUCUAUCCGGACUGAACCAACAUUCUUCUACUGUUUCCAAAGGCGCCUCUGAGACACAACAAUGGGAAUACAACGGAGUCGGUCGAGACGACGGUCACAAAGCAGGAGAAUACUCGCCCAUAUUCUAUCAACCGUCUGUUUGGCAGCUUCGUCAUUGGGAAAGUGUCUGGUUGUCGGAAACGCCGAACAAACCAUCCAAGGGCUGGGAUGCGGCGUCUAUACGGAUUCUGACCAUCGGUGUCUUCACGCACAACAUAACUCGCCAUACCGUCCUUGCGAUGAAUACUCAUUUAGACGACCAGGGAUCUCGGUCACGCUUCGAGGCUGCCAAAAUCAUUCUUCAGAAGAUCGAUGAGUACCGAAGCGGCGAAUUUGGGACCUCCAUCGCAGGGGUACUCCUUGCAGGUGAUUUUAACAGUCAAGAGACGCAAGAGGCCUAUAGCGUCUUGACAGGGUCGGAAUCCUCCUUGGUCGACACAGCAAAGGCUGUGGAACCUAGCCAGCACUACGGCGAUUAUUAUACGUGGACAGGGUUCGGAUAUGAGGGAGAGGAUCCCACGCGCAUUGAUUAUAUCCUGAUGGGACCUGGGAAGAACAAACUUGGGUCCUGGAAGGUCAACGGAUACGCCGUGUUAGCGAACCGAUUCGAUUCUGGCGUGUAUCUAUCAGAUCACAGGGCCGUUGUCGCCGACGUCACCUUGUACGACUGA